AUGGACACAACAGAAGAGCCUGACCUUCUACGGAACGAACGUUUCCAUCUAAAACCAUAUGACAGACUCAUGGCCGUGGCCACACUCAGUGGUGUUAUAGGAGUGGGCCUGGGUCUUUACGAAGGGAUCAAAACGUCAUCUCUUCGGUAUUUGACGGAAAAUGCCCACAGACUCCCAACUACCGUUGGUGGGUGGUACUUCUACCAUAAGAAGAAAAACUACGUGAUGGUGAUCUCUGGAUGCAAGCAGGCGGUGAAAUACGGAAUCAAAUAUUCAAUUGGAGUAUCCAGCUUCUUCCUUUUGGAAGCAGGUCUUGAUUAUGUGAGGCACACCACAGAUUUCUUGAACACUACUUUGGCAGGAACGUUAAUGGCAUUUGCACAUGGAACCUCUAAGCAGAUGAGUCGGGUCCAGCGCUUCAACCACGUUAAAAAGGGAGCUUUCUUAGCUCUUAUGCUUGGUAUUGGCCAGGACUUCUUGAUCUCUGCCAGGGGUGGAGAUGUCUGGUACGUUAACAAGUUCAAGGCAUUUGAAAGAGAUCGGGCUACAAUUUAA